UCAAGUGUGACACAGAAUCCGAUGCCAUCGUUGUCAACCCUCUCCAUAUAUCCAAAUCAGUUCAUCCCUUCUCUCUCUCUCUCUCUCUCUGUGUCGUUCUUCUGAGGGCUUGAGCUAUGGCAAUGGCGGAUCAGACCAAAGAACCGCAACUGUUCGAGCUCAGCAAUGGCUCCAUGCAUGUCAAGAUCACUAACCUCGGCUGCACCAUCACUUCCCUCACUGUUCCUGGCAAAGAUGGGCAAUUAGCUGAUUUAGUUCUGGGAUUUGACACGCUCGAGCCAUACGUGAAAGGUGCAGCCCCCUACUUUGGAUGCAUUGUGGGUCGGGUUGCGAACAGAAUCAAAGAUGGGAAGUUCACUCUCGAUGGGAUCGAGUACUCUCUGCCGAUCAACAGGCCCCCCAACAGUCUCCAUGGUGGGCACAAAGGUUUUGAUAAGGUGAUCUGGGAGGUAUCUGAACAAAAAGGAGGCGAAAAUCCUUCCUUUACUUUCACCUAUCACAGUCGUGAUGGAGAAGAAGGCUUCCCAGGAGAUGUUUUGGUAAGGGCCACUUAUUCCCUCACUUCAAGCACGACUCUGAGGCUCGACAUGGAAGCAGUCCCACAGAACAAGCCAACUCCAAUCAACCUGGCACAGCACACCUACUGGAACCUAGCAGGCCAUAGCUCUGGAACCAUCCUUGAUCACUCAGCUCAAAUAUGGGCCAACCACAUCACCCCUGUGGAUCAGAACACGGUCCCGACCGGCGAGAUAAUGCCGGUCAAAGGCACCCCCUUUGACUUCACCACUGAGAAGAAGAUUGGGGCCUCAAUCCAGGAGGUCCCUGGCUUAGGAUAUGACCAUAACUACGUGCUGGACUGUGGGGAAGAGAAGGAAGGUCUCAGGCAUGCAGUAAGGCUGAGGGAUCCCUCGAGCUCCAGGGUCCUUAACCUGUGGACGAAUUCCCCGGGCAUGCAGUUUUACACUGCAAACUACGUGAACGGGAUCACGGGCAAAGGUGGGGCUGUCUAUAACAAGCACGCCGCCGUCUGUCUGGAGACCCAGGGGUUCCCAAAUGCAAUUAAUCAACCAAACUUCCCAUCCAUUGUGGUCCGGCCCGGGGAAAAGUACAAGCACACUAUGCUCUAUGAAUUCUCUGUGGAAUGAAAGAGGUUGCCCUGUCUCUCUCGUGAGGACAAUUUUUCAUCAUGCUACUUUGAUAUUGAUGUGGUACAUCUCAAAGCAAUAAGUACCUUUGUUAAUAAGAUGUUUAUGAUUUUUAUGUU